GAUGGCAGAAUGGGCACGAUCACGCACAAUGAGAAGGAGGCCAUGCAGGACCUGAACGACCGGCUGGCCUCCUACCUGGAGACGGUGCACAGCCUGGAGCAGGCCAACAGCAAGCUGGAGCUGCAGAUCCGCGAUGCCCUGGAGAAGAAGGGGCCCGACGUCCAUGACUACAGCCGCUACAACGCCAUCCUGGAUGAGCUCAAGCUGCAGAUCAAGGAAAUGAUUGCAGGCAAUGCCGAUCUUGCCAUUAAAAUUGACAAUUUAAUGCUCACUGCUGAAGACUUCAGAAUCAAGCUGGAGGCAGAGGCUGGGUUUUGCCAGGCCCGCCUGGGUGAAAUAGCCUCCUGUAGAGGCAUUCUGGACAGAACUAGCCUGGACAAGAUGAAUCUGGAGGGUGACAUUGAGGCCCUGAGGGAGGAGCUGAUUGUCCUGAGGAAGAAUCAUGAGGAGCAUGUCCUGGAGCUGCGUAACCAGAUCGACCACUCCGGAGUCCAGGUGAACGUGGACGCCCCCAAGGGACAGGACCUGGCGCAGAUCAUGGCGGAAAUGAGGGCCAAGUACGAGAAGAUGGCGCUGAAGGACCAGGAAGAGCUCAAAGCCUGGCAUGAAUCUCAGAUAUCAGAGAUACAGGUGCAGGUGACUCAGAGCACAGAAGCUCUUCAGGGUGCAAGCACAGAGGUCAACGACCUUCGCAGACAGCUACAGACACUGGAGAUCGAGCUUGAGUCGCAGAAGAGCUUGAAAGCCUCUCUGGAGGGCAGCCUGCACGACACGGAGAUGCGCUACAACAUGGAGAUGGAGAAGUACAACACCAUCAUCCUGCAGCUGGAGGCGGAGCUGACGCAGCUGCGCGCCAACAUCCAGCAGCAGACACAGGAGUACGAGGCGCUGCUCAACAUCAAGAUGAAGCUGGAGGCCGAGAUCGCCACCUACAGGAGGCUGCUGGACGGCGGGAACUUCAGGCUGGAAGAUGCUCUCACAGAGGAGCAGACUGUGAUGACAAAAGUGAUGACAUGCAAACAGACCCUGGUGGAUGGGAAGGUUGUGUCCUCCAUCACAGAAACCAAGGAGGGCCAAUACUGAGUAUUUCUCUUCACUCAAAUGACAAUAGAGCGACCAGUCAGUCAAAAAAUAUUAACCACCUUAAUUUCCUUAAAAUGCCUGUAGCACCAGCUUCUC